CUGCGAAAGAGCGACUUUCAAUUACAGGGCGACCCAUCUUGGUCCCCGAUGUCCUCGGUUAGGUGCGAUUGGCAUGGUUGCCAGGUUUUCAAUAAUUUUUCAACAAACAUUUCCAAGUGGUUCCGCGUGUGAUACUUUAUGUUAUGCCUCUAAUUUUGAUCGUGUUGUCUGUAUACAGAAACUGAUUUACGUUUAUUUCUGUUCAAUGCUUUACUGGUUCGAUACGGAAGGAUGUUGAUAUUAUUAUUUCUUAAAUAAUUGUGUAUUACCACAACCAGAGAUUAUGCACGAAACAUAUUUACCAGUCUAAGAAUUUAUAGGUUAUGCGUGCGUAGAUAUUUACCCAAAGCCGUAUCCAUUUCGUAUUGACUUGUUUCGGUUAUGCAUAAUACUGCAUUCGAUUUCACUCGUGGAAGGGUACACUUCGAAUUUUUAAAGAGUACAAUGCUACGAUACUUCUAUACUUCUAUAUGCGCAACCACUGUGUCGUUCCAUUAAAUUGUGACAAUUUAUUAAGGAAAUUUAAAGUCUACGAGGAAAGAUGGGAGUCGGUAAAAGUCAGUUUACCGAAGACGAAUUACAAGAUUACCAGGAUUUAACCUAUUUCACGAAAAGAGAAGUUUUACACGCGCAUCAGAAGUUUAAAGCUCUUGCUCCGGAGAAAGUAGGCCACAAUAGAAAUGCCAAACUUCCGAUGUCAAAAAUUUUGCAAUACCCCGAAUUAAAAGCUAAUCCUUUCGGCGAUCGAAUUUGCAAAGUUUUUAGUUCCAGCCAGGACGGAGAUUGCACUUUCGAAGACUUUCUGGAUAUGAUGUCAGUUUUUAGCGAUGCAGCUCCUAAAGCUGUAAAAGCGGAACACGCUUUCAGAAUAUUUGAUUUCGACGGCGACGAUAUGCUUGGUAUCGGAGAUUUAAGACAGGUAGUAGAUCGACUCACUGUUCCUCAAAGAUUGAACGAAACAAAUAUGCAACAGGUUCUUCAGUAUAUUCUCGACGAAGCGGAUUUAGACGACGACGGUGCUUUAAGUUUUGCGGAAUUUGAACAUAUUAUUGAAAAAAGCAGCGAUUUCUGCAAACUUUAUAGGGUCAAGGAUGUAGAAUGGCGCUAUGGAACCUACAAACGACAAUUUCUUUUCCAUCCUGCGCGUAAUGCUGAUUUAGAAAUAGUCCACGUAAUUAAAGGCCUAAUCGUUUUUAUCUGUUAUGUGGUUAAUAAGGAACAUACGAAAAUUGUAUUUAUUAUUCGAUCGUAAUAAAUGGUCAAUCUCGAACAACAAGGAAACAACAAAUUGUUGUCGUUCUAGUUCCUUUCUUGGAGAUGCGAUUAUAUUUUUCA